AUGUGUUGUAGACAGUGGUACAGCGAACGCGAUAAGAUGUUUGGACUGAACGGCGCUCUGCUGAAGCGCACCGCCCUCGAUUUUGUAAUACCCCGCUUCAGAGAGAAUGCGCGACAGUCCCUGGCGCGGCACGAAGCCGCCGAGACUCAGUACGUCUACGCCGGCGGCGGCAAUCAGCCGCUGGUGCUGGGCGUCACGGUCAGCGCCGGCGUCACACACCUGCGGCUGGCCAACGAAUUCAAUCAGAUCAUCCCUCCCACCCUGCUGACGGCCCUGACACACCUGGAGCUGGGCACCAAUUUCAAUCAGACGCUGAUGAUCGGCACGCUGCCUAUCACGCUUCGAUCACUCAAGUUUGGCGCGAACUACAACCAACCGCUGGCGCCCAACUGCAUCCCCCAGUCGGUGGAGACGCUCGAGUUUGGCAAGCGCUUCAAUCGACCAAUCACAACGGGCACGUUGCCGCGCAGUAUUCGCCACCUCAAGUUUGGCGACGAAUUCAACCAGCCCAUUCUGCGCGGCUUCAUUCCCGAGGACGCCAUCAGUCUUGAGUUUGGCGCCGACUUUAAUCAACAGAUCGGCAUGGGAUACAUCCCCCGCGUGUCGCGCCUCGUGUUUGGCGCGUCGUUCAAUCAGGAGCUGGAGUACGGCUCCAUCCCCUCGUCCGUGACGUACCUCGUGUUUGGUGCGGCGUUUAACCAGCCCGUGUCGUUUGGCACGAUCCCCGUCAGCGUCGAGCACCUCGAGUUUGGCGAGAGCUUCCAACAACCCAUCACCUAUGGCUCGAUCCCCUCGACCGUAUCCUAUCUCAAGUUCUCGUCGGUGGCGCCCAUCGCUGAUAACUCCACAAUCCCACCCUCGGUCACCCACCUGAUACUGGGCAGUCGGUUCAACCAGGACCUGCAACCCAACCUGAUUCCCGUGUCCGUGACGCAUCUAGAGUUUGGCGACGAGUUCAAUCGACAGCUGCCCAUUGGCGCCAUCCCCGCCUAUGUGUCCACGCUGCACCUGGGCUGGCAGUUCAGCCACUACCUCUCGCUGCACCAUCUGUUGUACCUCACCAAUCUGACCGUCAACAACAGGGUGCUGCUGAAUGGCGACCUGCUCGAGUGUGUGCUGAUGGCCAGCCACAUCAAUCUGAAUGUCCAACUGUCACUGAAUCAGUCGCGACUCUAUAACCUGCGAAGACUGGACGAUCACUGGUCAAUGUUGCUCUGUGAGGACAUGGCCGGAGGCUUCGUGCCCACGGCCCAACUCAGAGCACACCUAAGCAAGCCUUUCCCCCAACUCUUGCACUAUCGACUCAAUCCUGUUCAAUCUCCAAUCAUUCAGCAGCAACAGCAACAGCAGCAGCAGCAACAGUUGCAAAUGCAGCAGCAGCAACAACAUCAACUGGCGAUGCAGCAACAGCAGCAGCAUCAGAUGAAGCAACAGAUUGGGCAGACACAGGCAGCACAGCAACAGCUGCCAAAUUCACAGAUGGUUGGACAGACACAGGCCCACGGUGGCCAGACUGCUCAACAGCAGGCACAGACACACACAAACCAGCAACAACAGAAUUCCAAUGGUGUUGGUCCACUUCAACAACAGCAACAGCAGCAACAACAAGCAGCGGUUGCGGCAGUCUAUCAACAAUUCUCAUCUGUUGCCACCCUUGUGCAACAGUAUCAAAGUAGUAAUCUACCAAUACCUCCUGAAGUAUCAAUGCAGUACAAUAUGUUGUAUCAGCAGUAUCAACAACAACAACAGCAACUACAAUUACAACAACAACAGCAGCAGCAGCAACAGGCCAAACCUGUUCAGAAGACAUCUGCUGCAGCGGCUGGCACUCAGGCCGCCACUACUCAACAACAAGGAGUAGCAGCACAGGUGGCCUACACUCAACAACAACAACCAAUGUACCAUCAACAGGGCGUCCAACAAUCUGUGGCCACUGGUCAGUACCCAGGUCAGGCCCAACAGUUCCAAGGACAGGCCCAGCAGAGCUCAUCACAGACCACCCCGCAAGCCCAAUCACAACAGACACCUGUGAUGGGCUCGAGCAAGAUGGCAGAGCCUCAGCAACAUCCACAGAUGGCACAAGCCCAACCACAACAACUCUAUUUACAACAGCAGCAGCAACAAACUCAGGCCCUGGCGCAGGCGGGACAGCCAGUGCCUUACGGCACGCAGCCUGUAGACUACGCGGCACUCGAACAUCUGCAGCAGAUGCACAACCAGAUCAUUGCGUACGUGCAGUCGUGGGAUCAUCAGUUGCAGAACAACAGCAUAAGCGUGGCGUUGAUACAGCAACAGUACCAGCAACUAUAUUCAUACUUCCAGCAGCUGCACGCCCAGCUGCAGCAGCCUCAGACACAGCAGAUAUACCAACUGUUGCACUAUCACUACCAGCUCAUCCAGGAGCAGAUCAACAUCCUGUCGCAGAUGGUGUCACAGGGUCCCCCACAGUACCAGAUGCACAUCUCCAAACUGCGACAGAUUCGCCAACAGCAGUGCCAGCCGCCGUUCCACCAGCCAAUGCAGCAGCAGGCGCCACAGACACAAACACAGCAGCAGAUGAGUGCCGCCUCGCUGAUGCCCCAACACAGCAACAAUCCACUGUCUCCGACGGCCUCGCCAUCCCCGCCCACGCCCAAGGCCGCCACCAAUAGGGACACUCCACCCGACUCGCCCGUCAAGACGCCCAAGAAGACGCCAUCGAGCAGCUCCAAGAAGAAGAAGCCCAAGGAGAAGACGAUACAUUGGAGUCCGGAGGAGCACGCACUCUUUUUGGAGGCCACGGCCAAGUAUGGAUACAAGGCCUACCACGAGAUAUCACAGCAUGUAAAGACGAGGACGCAUCAUCAAGUGCGCUCACACGUCAACACAUACCUCAAGAAUCAGAAGAAGAAGGAGGAUCCAAGUGGCAUGUCCACGGCAUCGCCGGGAACCACACUCAACAACACUGGCGGUGGCAGCAUGAGCGAGUUGUCAUUCUCCUCGCCCUCGUCCACUCAAACACCUAGCUCACCACCAUCCUCACCACUUUCAGCCUCUACAUCCAACAUUGGAAUGUCUUCAAUCAACAACAACAUUAACAGCAUCAACAACAAUAUCAACAACCAAUCAUCAAUCAUUUAUUCACCUCAAUGA